UCAACUAAUUGAGUUAAUGUAUCGAUCACAGUGUCCCGUCUUUUGCCUCUGUAGUCACUGGUCGUAGACAUGGCGGCGUGGCUAAAAACUGCGAUACAGGCUGCGAAAAGCCAAAAUGUGUACGCAGCAAGUUAUGCGAUACAGAGCCGUGAUUGCUCUUCGAAACCGUACAUUAUCAAGAACCCGACUACAGCCAGCUUGAAAAGGGGUACCGGUGGUCGUAGCUCCUUCAACGGUGUGGUAUGUACGAUAUUUGGAUGCAGUGGUUUUAUUGGACCAUACGUAUGUAACCGUCUUGGAAAAAUUGGUACACAGCUUAUUCUUCCAUACAGAGGUGACCAUUACCAUGUUCGGCCCCUAAAAGUAUGCGGAGACCUUGGACAAGUUUUAUUCCACCCCUUUCAUCUUAAAGAUGAAGAAUCUAUAAUCAAGAGCAUGAAAUAUUCUAAUGUUGUCAUUAAUUUGAUUUCAUCAUACUAUCCAACUUCUAACUUUAGUUACCAUGAUGUUAAUGUGAAGGGUGCCAGAAGAAUAGCUAGACUUGCCAAGGAAUGUGGAGUGGAACGAUUUAUUCAUGUAUCUUGUUUGAAUGCAAGCGAAAAACCUAAGCCAUUAAUGAUAAAAAACGGUUCAGAAAUUCUUAAAACAAAAUGGGAAGGAGAGUGUGCAGUGAAAGAAGAAUUUCCAGAAGCUACCAUUAUUCGACCCGCGACUAUAUAUGGACAAGAGGAUAAUUUUAUAACACACUAUAUGAAUGCAUGGAGACGAAAUUUUAAAACGGUACCGUUAUGGGAGGGAGGAGAAAAAACCGAGAAACAACCGGUUCAUAUUUCUGAUGUAGCUGCUGGAAUCACUGCUGUUGCAACAAACCCAUUAACAGCUGGUAAAACUUACGAGUUCAUCGGCCCAAGGAGGUAUAAACUGAUUGCACUGGUCAAAUGGUUUUACGAUAUAGCGUCACGUGGACAAGGAGAAUAUUACAAAAUUAUAGACAUGAAAUAUAAUCCAUUGUUUAGAUUGAAAAUUGAAUUGAAUGAAUUGAUAAAUGGACUUCAUAAAACUAAGCCUAUGAAUUGGGAAGCUUUAGAAAUAAAUCACACUAGCGACAAUAUAAAUCCUGGAGUGCCAACUCUAGAAGAUUUAGGUAUAACUCCAUGCACCAUGGAAUCUCGAAUGCAAUGGGAGAUGAUGCCGUAUAGAUUCGAAAACCAUUUCAUAGAAACUGUGGACGAACAAAAAGCAGCUGAUCCAGAAACAAUUCCAAUAAAAUGAAGAUUUUAUAUUUAAUUAAAAUUAACCUGUCAUUUCUCGUUCUUUAGUUGAUGACAUAAAAAUCAACGACAAAGCAUAUUAUCAGGAAUACGCGAGUGUUGACUUUUGUCGUUUAUUAAAUGACAGACCGUUCUAACUACAAUAAAAGGUUACACUAUUUAAUUAUUAAUUUCGUUAUACUGUUACAAUAUUAGAUGUUGGUAAAAAAUAUAAGCUAGUUUGGUCCUCGGUUACUAUGCUGACCGAAGGCCACGCAAAUUUUACAUUACAAAUGGCAAGGGAAAAACUAUUUCCCUUUUAUUUUAUAGUCAGAAGCAUAAUACAUCGAUUAUCAAUCUUCAGUCAAAAAGUUGAUCAGUAAAACAGUGUAAAUAUAACAAUUUGUUAAAAAUAAUAAACAUACAUAUAAAAAG